UUUUCUAUUCCUCCUCCUGUCCACCAUUUACUUCUCCAUCUCCUCUUCGUCAACAACCUCUUGCCGCUCCUCCUGCGGCCUACUACCCAUUCACUAUCCCCUAUCCAUCGACGAUGGGCUGCGGCAGCCCUCUCUACUGUCACCUCCUUUCCUGCAACGCCAGCCUAUCUAAUAACUAUCCCCCCAUUCUUCUCCUCCGCACUCCCUCCGGCUCUUACCCUAUCAUCUCCCUCUCCUACUCAAACCAAGACUCCCAUCUCAUUAUCUCUGACCCUUCAAUGUGGACUUGCAAAGUCCUAUCUCCUAUUCCCCAAGCCCCAUUCUCCCUCGACACAAGCACAAGAUUCUCCCUUUCCUCCAAAAACUCAUUUCUCUUUCUCAAUUGCAGCGCUGAUACCGUCAUAAUCGAACGCCGACCCGCACUCUGCGACAAAUUACCUGAACGUUGCGGCUCUUCUUGCGAUUCCAAUGCUUAUCUCUGCCAAAACUUUCCAGGAUGUCCUAAUUUGAUUCCGGAUAGCUCCACCACCUGUUGUUCUUAUUUCCCAACUGCGGUGGAAUCAGUGAGAAAAAUGCUUCGGCAUUGUAUGGGAUAUGUUGGUUUGUACUGGAGGGUAAAAGGAAGCGGUGACAAUGGUGAUGGAGAUGAGGUGGCGGAGUAUGGGAUUCGAGUAGAUUUUGAGAUUCCGGUCAUGGCCAAGUGCCGGAAUUGCAUGGAGAAGGGAAAUGGAACAUGUGGGUUCGAUACAGUGACCGAUAAUUUCUUAUGACUUUGGUUGGUGGAGAGAAUUCUACAACUAGUUUGUGAAGAUGGCUCAUGGAAGCACAGAGCUUCAGCUGUAGUUAUCGCCGUUUCUGCUACAGUGGCAUCUUUUGCUGGGCUGGCUGGCUUUGGAGCUCUAAUAUGUUACCUAAGGAAGAUGAGACGCAACAAGGUAGUCACCUGUGGGGUCCAAAGUAAUGAGAACAGACUAUUCUAAUUAAUAACUCAUUUGAUGCAAAUGUUAAUUAAUAAAUUAAUUAUUAUCAACUA